GUGAACUCAGAAGAUGCAUACAAAAAGCAAAUCUCAUGAGUGUUUUGGGAGGUCGGCGACUGGGAUGUCGUCGAGGUCCCCGUAGCCUGGUCCACAGCUCUCAGGAACAGGCUGCUAUCCUAGGAGCCAAAGGGAAAAUACUGGAGCCGCCUGACGCAAAAGCCCCAUUUUUGAUGUCAACGGCCACUUCCUAUUCGCACACUCGUAUGCACUCACGGACCGAACACAAUAAAAAGAGGGUCCCGCGCUCCGACGACCGAUUUGAAAGCCGUCGCCACGGAAGCACGCCCGAGUCAACUGCCGGCGAAGGUGUGCCGCCCCCGCCGCCAGUUCUUUCAUUCAUCCAGAAACACCUGGGUUGGAUUACGGCAAGAUGGCGGCUGAAACUUGCUAUUGCUUUACCUCAGAUGAUAGACAAGCGACGCGAGCGUGGUGACAUGAGCCCGGCACAGCGGCAAAUGUCCUCUGUCAGCAAAUGUACAGCCGUGGUGGUGUUGGUAUUGAAGUCAUUAGAAACGCAUUGCGCCAGCAUCCCGGCAGGCUGGGAAGCUGAGAGGAUGGGCUAUGUCUGA